AUGGCUAAAUGCGAAAAUUUCGAUAUUACAAAUGAACGAGCUUUUUCUGUACUAUCACAAAGCAUUGCUGAAUUACAAUCCUUAGGUUCUGAUGUUGGUAUUGAACGAAAAGCUAGACCAGCAUCUAUGUGGAGAAGUGAACGUAGUAGAUCAAUGAAUAAUGAUAGGCAACAAGAAGGUUUACCAUUAAUUAAACAAACAACAGAUAUAGCUCGUCGUGCUAUGAAUUUAAUUGUAAAUUGUGUACAAUUAUGUGCAUUAUAUGCAAGUCGAAGAUCAAGAUGUUUUAGUAGUUUUUCAUCUGCUAUAUCUUAUAUACGUGAACAACGUGGCUUAUGUAAACCAGCACAACAUUUAUUGCUUCAAUGGCAAAGAAAUGUUAUGUUGAUUGAUUUAUUUAUCAACAAUGAAGGACUGUAUUGUAAUAGACGUAUAGCACAAGAUAUGUUUGACGUUUGCAUGGAAACAUUUGACUGGCUUCGUUCAAUUUCUAACAAUAAUAAAUAA